UGCCUUGGCCUCCCAAAAUGCUGGGAUUACAGGCAUGAGCCACUUUGCCCGGCCCUAAAAUUUACUUUUUAAAGUGGUUUUAAGGAUAUUCACAAGGGUGACUGAUUACCACUAAUUCCAGAACUUUUUCAUCACCGCAUAAAGAAACCCCAUACCUGUUAGAUACCGCUCAUUCCCCCAAACCCUUCAGUCCUAGGCAAUCACUAAUCUACUUGCUAUAGAUUUGCCUAUUAUGGGCAUUUCAUAUGUUAAUAAAUAGAAUAAUAUGUAACCCUUCAUGCAUGGCUUCUUUCACUUAACAUAAUGAUUUCAAGAUUUAUCCAUGUUGGAGCAUGUAUGAGUGUUUCAUUACUUUUUACUGCUGAAUAAUAUUCCAUUGUAUGGACAUACCACAUUUUACUCAUCCAUUUGUCAGUUGUUAGGUAUUUGGGUGGUUUCCCCUUUUCAUCAUUAUGAAUGAUGUUGCUAUGAACAUUUUGUGUGGGCAUACGUUUUUAUUUCUCUCGGGUAUAUACUUAGGAGUGGAAUUGCUGGAUCGUAUGGUAACUCUGUGUAACCUUUUGAGAAACUGUUAAAAUUGUUUUCUAAAGCAGCUGUACCACUUUGUGUAAAGUGGUUUUUUAUUGUGGUUUUGAUUUGGCCCAAAUGAGUUACAUAGAAAAGAUCAGAGUAGAUGGAGAUAGGUUUCUCAGAAGAGGUUGGAACUUGAACUGAAAGAAAGAGGAGAUUUGGAGAAUGGAGGGGGAUUACCAAAGGAAGACGAGUGGAAGUUAUAUGACUUGAAAGUGAGGAUAAACCCAUCUCAUUUCAAGAACAGAGGAGCAGUCUUGGCUUAUGAUAGCUCUGCUCCAGUUUGUUUUGACUGUUCUUUAAAGGAUCCCCUUGCCAAAAUGCACAAGAAGGUUGCUUUUUCUUGAGGCCUGUUAUAUAGCACAACCAACGUAUCUCUCUGCUUUGUGAUGAGACCAAGAAUUGGAAUGUGACUUCCUUUCCAGGCUGCCUUCCUCUAAUGCCUCUUCCCCUCAUCCCUUUCUCCGCCACAGUGCUAUCCUCCCAGUCCCCAAAGGAGAAUGUAGAAAGACUUGGAGUGGUGCAGUAACAGUCUCUUUGAAGACCAAGCUCUCCAUCACUGGUGCUCAGAGCCAGCCACUUGAAUUUUCAUGACUUUUCUGGAAAAUAUGUUGGUGCUACUCCCUCACUCUUCUCUUAGCCAUUGUAGUCAACUUAGAGGGGAUUGUACAGCAGAUAGGAAAGUUGAAACAGAAGGCAGAAUCCAGAGACCACAUUUGAAGUAUAUGUUGAAGUUGCCUAUCCCAGGACAGGUGGCACUCUUUCAGAUCCUGAGGUGCAGAGGCAAUUCCCGGAGGACUACAGUGACCAGCCUCACAGUUAGUCAAGUUGGCCAGAACUUCACGUUUGUGCUCACUGACAUUGACAGCAAACAGAGAUUCGGGUUCUGCCGCUUAUCUUCAGGAGCGAAGAGCUGCUUCUGUAUCUUAAGCUAUCUCCCCUGGUUCGAGGUAUUUUAUAAGCUGCUUAACAUCCUGGCAGAUUAUACGACAAAAAGACAGGAAAAUCAGUGGAAUGAGCUUCUUGAAACUCUGCACAAACUUCCCAUCCCUGACCCAGGAGUGUCUGUUCAUCUCAGCGUGCAUUCUUAUUUUACUGUGCCUGAUACCAGAGAACUUCCCAGCAUCCCUGAGAAUAGAAAUCUGACAGAAUAUUUUGUGGCUGUGGAUGUCAACAACAUGUUGCAUCUGUACGCCAGUAUGCUGUACGAACGCCGAAUACUCAUCAUUUGCAGCAAACUCAGCACUCUGACUGCCUGCAUCCACGGGUCUGCGGCGAUGCUCUACCCCAUGUACUGGCAGCACGUGUACAUCCCCGUGCUGCCGCCACAUCUGCUGGACUACUGCUGUGCUCCCAUGCCCUACCUCAUAGGAAUCCAUUUAAGUUUAAUGGAGAAAGUCAGAAACAUGGCCCUGGAUGAUGUCGUGAUCCUGAAUGUGGACACCAACACCCUGGAAACCCCCUUCGAUGACCUCCAGAGCCUCCCAAACGAUGUGAUCUCUUCCCUGAAGAACAGGCUGAAAAAGGUCUCCACAACCACUGGGGAUGGUGUGGCCAGAGCGUUCCUCAAGGCCCAGGCCGCUUUCUUCGGUAGCUACCGAAACGCUCUGAAAAUCGAGCCGGAGGAGCCGAUCACUUUCUGUGAGGAAGCCUUCGUGUCCCACUACCGCUCCGGAGCCAUGAGGCAGUUCCUGCAGAACGCCACGCAGCUGCAGCUCUUCAAGCAGUUUAUUGAUGGUCGAUUAGAUCUUCUCAAUUCCGGCGAAGGUUUCAGUGAUGUUUUUGAAGAGGAAAUCAACAUGGGCGAGUAUGCUGGCAGUGACAAACUGUACCAUCAGUGGCUCUCCACCGUCCGGAAAGGAAGUGGAGCAAUUCUGAAUACUGUAAAGACCAAAGCAAACCCGGCCAUGAAGACUGUCUACAAGUUCGCAAAAGAUCAUGCAAAAAUGGGAAUAAAAGAGGUGAAAAACCGCUUGAAGCAAAAGGACAUUGCUGAGAACGGCUGCGCCCCCACCCCAGAAGAGCAGCUGCCAAAGACUGCACCGUCCCCCCUGGUGGAGGCCAAGGACCCCAAGCUCCGAGAAGACCGGCGGCCAAUCACAGUCCACUUUGGACAGCUGCAGAGACUGCGUCCCACCCGACCGCCUCCCAAGAUACAGCGCUCGAGGCCCGUGCGCCCACCUCGUCCUCAUGUUGUUAAGAGACCAAAGAGCAACAUCACAGUGGAAGGCCGGAGGACAUCUGUGCCAAGCCCUGAGCACCUGGUAAAGCCCUUACGACACUACGCGGUCUUCCUCUCCGAAGACUCCUCUGACGAUGAAUGCCAGCGGGAAGAGGGCCCGAGCUCUGGCUUCACUGAGAGCUUUUUCUUCUCUGCUCCCUUUGAAUGGCCACAGCCGUAUCGGACACUCAAGGAGUCAGACAGUGCGGAAGGCGACGAGGCAGAGAGUCCAGAGCAGCAAGUGCGGAAACCCGCAGGCCCCGUCCCAGCUCCCACUGACCGGGCUGCCAGCAUCGACCUUCUGGAAGACGUCUUCAACAACCUGGACAUGGAGGCCGUAUUGCAGCCACUGGGCCAGGCCAAGAGCUUGGAGGACCUUCGUGCCCCCAAAGACCUGAGGGAACAGCCAGGGACCUUUGACUAUCAGAGGCUGGACCUGGGCGGGAGUGAGAGGAGCCGCGGGGUGACAGUGGCCUUGAAGCUUACUCACCCAUACAACAAGCUCUGGAGCCUGGGCCAGGACGACAUGGCCAUCCCCAGCAAGCCCCCAGCUGCCUCCCCUGAGAAGCCCCCAGCCCUGCUCGGGAACUCCCUGGCCCUGCCUCGAAGGCCCCAGAACCAGGACAGCAUCCUGAACCCCAGUGACAAGGAGGAGGUGCCCACCCCUACUCUGGGCAGCAUCACCAUCCCCCGGCCCCAAGGCAGGAAGACCCCAGAGCUGGGCAUCGUGCCUCCACCACCCAUUCCCCGCCCGGCCAAGCUCCAGGCUGCCGGCACCGCACUUGGUGACUUCUCAGAGCGGCUGCAGGUGGAUCGGGACAGGCGAGCUGCCCUGAGUCCAGGGCUCCUCCCUGGUGGUGUCCCCCAAGGUCCCACUGAACUGCUCCAGCCACUCAGCCCCAGCCCCGGGGCUGCAGGCACGAGCAGUGAUGCCCUGCUCGCGCUUCUGGACCCGCUCAGCACAGCCUGGUCAGGCAGCACCCUCCCGCCACACCAUGUCACCCCGAAUGUAGCCACCCCAUUCACCCCCCAAUUCAACUUCCCCCCUGCGGGGACACCUGCCCCAUUCCCACAGCCACCACUCAACCCCUUCGUCCCAUCCAUGCCAGCAGCCCCACCAACCCUGUCCCUGGUCUCCACACCAGCGGGGCCUUUUGGGGUCCCUCCAGCUUCCCUGGGGCCGGCUUUUGCGUCCGGCCUCCUGCUGUCCAGUGCUGGCUUCUGUGCCCCUCACAGGUCUCAGCCCAACCUCUCUGCCCUCUCCAUGCCCAACCUCUUUGGCCAGAUGCCCAUGGGCACCCACACAAGCCCCCUACAGCCACUGGGUCCCCCAGCAGUUGCCCCAUCGAGGAUCCGAACGUUGCCCCUGGCCCGCUCAAGUGCCAGAGCUGCUGAGGCCAAGCAGGGGCUGGCCCUGAGGCCUGGAGACCCCCCGCUUCUGCCUCCCAGGCCCCCCCAAGGCCUGGAGCCAACACUGCGGCCCUCUGCUCCUCAACAGGCCAGAGACCCCUUUGAGGAUUUGUUACAGAAAACUAAGCAAGACGUGAGCCCAAGUCCGGUCCUGGCCCCGGCCCCGGCCCCGGCCCCAGACUCGGUGGAGCAGCUCAGGAAGCAGUGGGAGACCUUCGAGUGAGCCAGGCCCUGAGGGCAGGGGAUGCACCGAGGCCCGAGGGUCCGUCCACUGCUGCGGUUCCGAGGGUCCCCCGCCACGCUCUCUGCCCAGGUUCUGCUGGUGGGAAGGGAUGGGACCCCUCUCUGCUGCCCCCUCCUCCCCUCCACACUGCCCAUCUCUGAGGUCUGGCCCUGCAGAAUGGUACCAGUUCCAGUCUGGGAAUCAACCCAGUUCCUGAGUGCCCGUCCCACCCCGCGGUUGCCCGUCCUCGGCACCCUUGAUUGGGUUUUGCACUAAAGAGGUCAGCUGGGCCAAUGAUUGCCCCAGACCAAGUCCUACCCACCUUCCCCCUGGAAGUGUCCCGAGAGGCUCCGAAGGCCUAACCUCUGAGCCCAGCUCUCCUGUUCCACCACAGCCAGGCCCUGCACGCCCACCUCGGACACAAGUGGCAGGGUUACCCUCCAGUGUGAGCUCCUCUGCAUGAGACAGAGGCGGCUUGGGGUUGAAGUUAGGACUCCUCCUGGGCUGGAGGAUUUACCUGGUGGGGCGCUUCCAGACUGUUUCUAGCAAUAUACACACACGUUCUUUCCUGUGUCUUCACCCCAAAACUUCAGUUGAUUCUGACCUGGGAGGGUCUGGGGACCAGGGGGUCUGGACUGCCUUGUGAUGCCCAGCCCCAGCCACCCUGCACGGGGACUGCGAGCACCAGCAACAUUGAUUUCUAGAAGGAAAAUAGAAACCCUAUCUGAGUGUUUUGGGGGGAAUCCCCCACCCCUCAUCCAACUCUCUGGCACUCUAAUACCUCCAGGUUCUCUUCUCACUGUCAAAGCUGGGUCUCAGCCUCUUGUCAUCUGGAGCUUUGUGGGCAAAGCCGAGAAGCUGCGACCCAGAUUUCAACUCGAAGGUCGAGCGGAAUGCCUCAGACUGAUGCGGAGGCAGCUGGCCUUCCUGGGUUGGAACGAGGCAGUGGCCCUGAGCCCCUGCUCCAGAGCCGGGUAGAAAGGACAAACGUGGUCUCUGCCUCAGAGAAGCAGGAGAAGGGCUAGAAGCCAGUCCCUCCCCACCUGCCCAGAGCGCCAGGCCAGCACAGAAAUUCCUGAGGCCACCGUCACCAAAGUUAGAGUGAAUGUUUUAUUGUUUAUCUUUUUCCUUUUUGCCUUAUUGAUUUGAUGAGUCUUGAAAUUGAUUCAUUUCCAUAAACCAAGUUAAAGUAUGCCCCGACCAUUUAAGAAAACAGCCAUCAGAGACACGCAGGAAAUUGUGAGCAUUUCGACCCGAGCUCUCAUUUCCUAUUCGGGAUGGGUCAGACACACAGUCUACCCAGGGGUGUCUGAGGGGGACAAAAGGGGGGGUCUCUGGAGCUCUGUCACCCAGGGAGCCCCCUCUGUGUCUAAGAGGCCACCACUGCUGCACAUGGUCAGGGAGGCUUGGUGGCCGUCCUGGCACAUGGCUUUUCCUGGGCCAACCGUGACCUGUCUGGCUCAGGAAUGGGCUCUGGCUGCUUGGGGAGCCGUGUCACUGCUGGGCCAUGGAGGCACCUCCUGGGCACUUAGGUGUUUCACAGAGAUUCCAGUUUCACUCCCUGGGCAGAUCCCCAGGCCCCAUCCGGGAUAGGGCAGAGGCGGCGCUGGCAGCCCCAGGGAAGGAGGGUGUGUACCCCAAGGCCCCCUGGCUGUGCUGGGGGACUGGGGUGAGCGCUCCAUGUUCACAUGAGCACUGCUGCCUCUUCACUUGUGGGACUGACUUUGCAAACCCAAGGAUGAACUUUGUGUGCAUUCAAUAAAAUCAUCUUGGGGAAGA